GGAGGGGGAGGCGGCACUUGGGCUGCAGCUCUCAACCAGAGGCAGUCUCUCUCAGCUAUCGGAGGGACCAGAAGAGGCGGCCACUGAGUAGGAUGCUCUGCGGGGCGCCCUGAUCCUGGGGCGCUUUAAGCAGCUUCGGGGACUGGGGUAACCCAGCGGCUUUCACCAUGCAUCAGUCCCUGACUCAGCAGCGGUCCAGCGACAUGUCCCUGCCCGAUUCCAUGGGAGCCUUCAAUCGGAGGAAACGAAACUCCAUCUACGUCACUGUGACUUUGCUUAUUGUGUCUGUGUUAAUUCUCACGGUGGGCCUUGCUGCAACCACCAGGACCCAGAAUGUGACAGUUGGAGGUUAUUACCCAGGAGUCAUUCUUGGUUUUGGAUCAUUCCUGGGAAUCAUCGGAUCAAACCUUGUGGAGAACAAGCGACAGAUGCUGGUGGCUUCUAUCGUAUUUAUCAGUUUUGGUGUGAUUGCAGCCUUUUGUUGUGCCAUAGUCGAUGGAGUCUUUGCUGCCAGACACAUUGAUUUGAAACCACUCUAUGCUAACCGGUGCCACUAUGUUCCCAAGACAUCCCAGAAGGAAGCUGAGGAGGUCAUAAGUUCCUCAACCAAAAAUUCUCCUUCCGCGAGGGUUAUGAGGAACCUUACCCAGGCAGCUAGAGAGGUGAACUGCCCUCACCUUAGCCGUGGAUUCUGCACACCUCGCAUCCGGGGAAACACCUGCUUCUGCUGUGACCUCUACAACUGUGGCAACAGGGUGGAGAUCACUGGUGGAUACUACGAAUACAUAGAUGUCAGCAGCUGCCAGGACAUCAUCCACCUGUACCACCUACUCUGGUCUGCUACCAUCCUCAACAUUGUUGGCCUGUUCCUGGGCAUCAUCACUGCUGCUGUCCUCGGAGGCUUUAAGGAUAUGAACCCUACUCUCCCGGCACUGAACUGUUCGGUUGAAAAUGCCCAUCCAACUGUUUCUUACUAUGCUCGUCCCCAAGUGGCAUCAUAUAAUACCUACUACCAUAGCCCUCCUCACCUGCCGCCCUAUUCUGCUUAUGACUUUCAGCAUUCCAGUGUCUUUCCAUCCUCCCCUCCCUCUGGACUCUCUGAUGAGCCCCAGUCUGCUUCUCCCUCGCCCAGCUACAUGUGGUCCUCCAGCGCUCCACCCCGUUACUCUCCACCCUACUAUCCACCUUUCGAAAAGCCACCACCUUACAGUCCUUAAAGAGGAAUGAAUGCCUGCUGGCUACUGAGAUUAUUGUGGCUUUUGUAUUUCUGCUUUAGUGGAAAUGUGUAGGUUACAAAACUUUAAAAAGUGUGACUCUUCUGCAUAAAGUCUUACAACAGCUUGCCAAUCUAGGGAAAGACUCGGAUAAAGUUUUUUCAUUAUCAGAGAAGGGCGGGAGUGGCUAGGCCAAACCCAACCAUUUUAAGAAGGGCUGUUCACACUCUCUAAGCAAGGCUGGGGAGCCAGUCCAGCACAAAGCCUGUCACGUCUGGACCUGCAUUUCCCUACACGCCACCUCUAUGCUGCAGAACUGUGGUUGCCAUCUGCUUCACUUUAUGUAAAGGAGUGUUGUCCUCAGGCCUUUGGCAGAUUGCCACCCUAGCACCUUGGUUGACUCACCUGGUUUAUAAGCUCUAUCGUUCCCAACCAUUAAUGUUAACCCUUAGCAAAGCCUCCCAGCUGAUGGGGCUACCCAGUAGUUCCAAUACAGAGAGUUCUGGCUAAGAAUUUUUUGUUUGUUUGUUUGCUUGUCAGGAUGUUGAAAAAAGCUGCCCGUAGCUUACUUUCUUCUCUGAGUAUUGUAAAAACUGGCUGUUGUGAUCACUCUGCUCAGCUUUUGUUGUUGGUACCUCUUAAGGGUAAAAGUGCAAUAUUCCCUCAUUGUGAAUAGUGGGAGUCUGGAUUGGUUGCUUCAGAAGCACUGAAAUACAGAGCAACAUGUGUGCUGUUUUAAGUAGAUCUCAGUAAUACAUCUGAUAACUUAGGAGUCAGUGGUUAUGCUACAUAUUGCAUUAUUACAAAACAAUUCGCUACAGGAGAUAUGAAUUUUACAGUUGAAAUUCAGAGUUCAAAAUGCUAGAUUAGAUUGGGUUGUGAUAUGAAUUGUUACUUAUCUUUGUGACUAUUUAAUCUUCAAAUAUUGUGCUUCAACCCCAGCAAACCGCACGGAUCCUGCACCCAUCCAAUUCCCAAAGAAUCAUCUGUAUUUUAACACCACUGCUCUUACUGGCAUUAUUCCUUUUUUGACACCAAUCAUGACAGCAUUCAAGAUUAUGAGUAUUACAAUGCCACUUCAAGUCUGUAAAACCUCAAAUGUAUCCAAGUUGACAAAUUCUUAAGUGUUUCAAUAGAUUUAAAAAUCCAUCUGGCACAUUGUUGAAUUUAUACAGUUGUUUUAAUUACACACAGCUUUAAACCAUCAACCUAAUGAGUUUAAAACACCUUGGCAUCCAAUCCAUGCCUUUACUUCCAAAUGAACACUUUCAUUGCAGUCUUCUGUUAACCUGAGAAUCAAUUGGUUUGAAAGACUGAUAAUCCUACACUUGCAUAAUGUAGAAGUACAGGGGCUACAGGAGGGUAACUAAUUAGAUGGUUCUGCAAACACAGAACACAUACUGGAAAAAUUUCCAGCCGAUUUCGCUACCUCCCAACUUGAUGGAUUAGAGGUAGCAGACAAAUGCUGGUGCUCCCAUCUACCUUAUAGACAUCUGGUCAUCAAGAAUCAUCAAGGCACAACAAGUGAUUCAUUAUUCACAGUAGAUGUUUGCAAAAUAUUCAGUUUAACCUUUAGCAUCAUGAAUGUUGUCUUAUCCAGACUUCAAACCUGAAAAUAUUAUAAUCCUUUUGUGUUAUACAAAAUUACUAUUAUUUUUACAGAUCUGAACAUAUUAAAAUUCUAUUGGAUUUAAGAAAAGGACUAAUAAAUUGACUUUCUAUACAAAUAUCAACUUGUAAUACUUAAUAUUUUUUGCCAUUUACACUUUACCUUUUGCUUUAGUAAUGUGUAUAUUUUUUUAAAGGCACCAUUACACAGUAUAUCCUACAUUUAUCACAUUUCUUAAAGUAUUAAGAUUCUAUGACUCAUUUCUAUGUAUUUUUCUUACUUUACAAGGUAACUUGAAACAGAAUAGAUUUUGUAACACUUAAUUUGAGCAGCUUCUUUUUUUAUUACAUUGAAUUAUAUAAAGUGCAUGUUACCUUAGGAAAAAUUAAUAUUUGCUGCUUUACUCUUUUGCAAAACAUUUGCUGUAAUGAAGGAAUUUGUAUUUCCAAUGUAUCUUGACUGCAUUUUGUAAUAUUUACUGCUUUCUUCCUAAUUCUGCUUUAAAGUAUUAAACUGGGCAUGAAACAUUAAAAUACUAAUACAGAA